GAUGUUUAGCGUGUUGACAAGGUCGCCGCAAUUUUCUGCAUUUGCAUUAAGCAAUUUUGUGCGAAUGGCUGGUCAUUCUAAAUGGCAGAACAUUAAGCACAUUAAGGCACAAAAAGAUGGAGUAAGAGCAGCUCUAUUUACGAAAUUAUCUAGGCAAAUCCGUCUGGCUAUUCAAGAGGAAGGAUCAUCAGUGGAUCCGAACCUCAACAGCCAACUGUCGGCUGUUAUCGACACUGCAUUAAAAAAAAAUAUGCCCAUGGACACAAUUCAAAAUGUUAUAAAAAAGUCCCAACAGAGUAAAUUAAAACUGAAGAAGCAUCGCUUGGAUAUCCGAUAUAAGAAACAUGUUUAUAUGGUAUGCAUUAUAUAUACUGAUAAUUUUCCUGGGGUGAAAAUGGAUGCAACGGCAAUGGUUAAAAAAUCAGGAGGUGUUUUUGUCGAUGUCAGUCACAUGUUUGAUUCUGUGGGCUUGGUGGAAGCUCGAUUAUCUUCGAAAUUACAUACACAUAAUUUAGAAGAUGUUGUAAUGGAAGAUGCAAUUGAGUUUGGAGCAGAAGAUGUUUCAAUUGUUGACUCUGAAAGUCUGGCUGUAAAUUUUUUUUGUAACCCAAUUCAGUUAAAAGUUCUUACUGAUGCUUUGGAAAAAAAAGGAUACAUUAUUGACACAUCUGAACAUGUAUUCACUCCACAUACUGUUAUAAAUUUAAGCACUGAAGAACAGAAGCUGUACAAUAAUUUCGUUGCAAAGUUGCGGGAUGUGCCCGGCCUCGAAGAUAUUUAUGAUAAUGUUGAAAAUACUGACUGAUUCAACUGAAAUUUUUUGUUUUUAUUCAAUAAAUAUACCAAUCUUUGUCUUCUCCUGUAAA